AUGCCGGCACCACUCUGGCACUGGCAGUACUUCCAAACCCAACCACAUGACCUCAAAUUGGCUGGCAACAAGGACAACUACAAUGGUGCACUAUGGAACAGGAAGAUCAACAGGCACUGGAGCAUGGUAUCAUCUCCAAAGUUUGACCACAAACUGAACACCUUCAUUGGGCCAUCUCACUUGUUUGCCCUAUCCCCAGUCGUAGAGAAGCGUUUGAAGCGCAUAUACAUAGCUGUGAACUUGUAUCCCCUGAGGCUAAGGAUAGGCUGGCCUCAGAACGUGCGCGUACUUGCUCCUCAGCUGCCUUAA